UCGUCUCACAGAUAUGUACAAAAACUUGUACGUUACAUGUUCGAAAUCUGGAAAAUUAACAACCGGUAUUUACAAGCUGUAUCUUCAACAUGUUUUGAAACCCUAUGUGAAAAAUAACAAAUUCUGCCUAGUAUUGGAUUCGUGGGGCGGACAAACUGACAUGGUCAUGUAUGACUCCAUGUUCACAGACGACCAGAGCCAACCGACACGCACGAUAAAAGUUAUACCGCCAAAGUGCACACCUCUGUGCCAACCAUGCGACGUUUACUUCUUCCGCCAAGUAAAGAACUUUAUUUCAAAAUUGCAAAAUUGCCAUACACUUCUCGAAACACAGCGAGAACUUCAUAACCGAACUGAUGCCAUAACAAUUCAUAGCCUGAUACAUAAUCAGUUGUCGGCACCAAUAUUCCAGGCGAUGCUAUCCUACGCAUGGUAUGCAUCAAAAUUGAUUACGCAGAGACGUGUAUUCAUGAACGUCAAUCAAAUUUGUUUUCCGAAUACUAUUGGGCGGGAGAAAUGCGUAUGCGUCAAGGUGGCUUUCAUCCAAUGCGCUUGGUGCAGGAAGUUCAUCUGCUUUCAAUGUUUUUAUGAUAGUUAUCACCCGAUGCACUGUGAAGGCGAAUUGCGACAAUCAGAGAGUGAGUGAGUGAGAUAAAGCGAGAGAGAGAUCGAAUAAUCAUCAAAGAUUUUGUCAAACGUUGUAAGUGCCAAUUAUUAAAUUAAAAAAUUCGAUUUUACCUGCAGUUUCAGUACUAUUUUCAUUUAUUCCCGAGGUUGAUCACCGUGUGACGAUGUAAAGUCAAAAAUAAAGUCACAAGCCAGUGUAUCAAGCGCUCAUCAAAAUAUCGUCGUAAAUAUUUGGUAAAUUUUCGGUAUCCUUAUGUGAGUUCACGGAACUCAUAUUAUGCUUAAUAAAAAUCAUUUCGGCCAAAAA